GCGGCGGCGGCGGCGGUGGCGGCGGCGGCGGCGGCGGCGGAGCUGCGAGCGCGAGCCCGGGGCGGCCGCCCAGCGCCAUGUCGGUGAACACGGACGAGCUGCGGCACCAGGUCAUGAUCAACCAGUUCGUGCUGGCCGCGGGCUGCGCGGCCGACCAGGCGCAGCAGCUGCUGCAGGCGGCGCACUGGCAGUUCGAGACCGCCCUGAGCACGUUCUUCCAAGAAAGCAACAUUCCCAACAGCCACCACCACCCGCAGAUGAUGUGUACUCCCAGCAACACCCCUGCCACACCGCCUAACUUCCCUGAUGCGCUAGCCAUGUUCUCCAAGCUUCGAGCCUCUGAGGGCCUGCAGAACAGCAACAGCCCCAUGACUGCUGUGGCUUGCUCCCCUCCUGCAAACUUCAGCCCCUUCUGGGCCGCAUCCCCACCCAGCCACCAGACGCCCUGGAUCCCGCCCUCUUCCCCCAACUCCUUCCAUCGUCUCCACUGCCCACAGCCCACGUGGCCCCCUGGAGCGUCCCAGGGGGGCGCACAGCAGAAAGCCGUGACAGCAAUGGAUGGCCAGAGAUGAGACUGGAUGGCACUGGGCUGGAGCAGGGGGCAGUCCAGGGUUGUGGGGGACACAGAGGAGGGCUGGGGAGGGGGGACACGAGGGCGGGGGAUUUCUUGAAGAUCGCACUGGAAGAUUUUAUAAGAAUUUUUGUGGGGUGGGUGGGACAGUAACCAUCCUGAGCCACUUGGGUUCUUCAGGAGUUGCUCUUUGGGAAAGGUUUUUUCCUCUUUUUAAUAUAUAACUAUAAUAUAUAUGAAUAUAAAAAAAAAAAAAA